CUCUCUCUCUCUCACAUAUCCACCUCAGCAAUUGAAAAGGAGAAGGAGAGGGAGGAUAUCAGUACGAGUUGAAAAGGGGGUUUUGAAUCAUGGAAGAGCUCUACAACUACAAGAGCGUAUUGGUAUUGUUAGCCGUGGUUUUGUGGGUGUUGGUAGUGAAGGUGGUGGAGGUAGCAUGGUGGAAACCAAAGAAAACGGAAGAGUAUUUCUUGAAGCAAGGAAUAAAAGGUCCACCAUAUCGAUUCUUAGUAGGGAAUGUAAGAGAGAUAGUUGGGUUUAUGGUAAAAGCCUCUUCUUGUCCCAUGCCUCUCUCUCACAACAUCCUCCCUAGGGUCCUCUCCUUCUAUCACCACUGGAAGAAAAUCUAUGGUACAUCCUUUCUUGUAUGGUUUGGACCCACGGCUCGUCUUACCGUUUCUGACCCUGAACUCAUCCGACAAAUCUUCAUUUCAAAAUCAGAGUUUUAUGAGAAAUACGAGUCGCACCCGCUCAUUCGCCAGCUGGAAGGAGAUGGCCUUUUGAGCCUCAAAGGGGAGAAAUGGGCUCACCAUAGAAAAAUCAUCACCCCAACCUUCUAUAUGGAAAAUCUCAAAUUGCUGAUACCGGCGAUUGGUACGAGCGUCCUUGAGAUGAUCGAUAAAUGGCCCACCAUGUCAGAUAACGGUGAAGUAGAGAUCGACGUUUCAGAUUGGUUCCAGAGCUUGACAGAAGACGUCAUCACUCGAACUGCCUUCGGAAGCAGCUACGAAGACGGAAAGUCGGUUUUCAGGUUACAAGCUCAACAGAUGAUUAUUGCCGCUGAAUCCUUCGGAAAGGUUCUCAUACCAGGAUACAGAUUCCUUCCUACAAAGAAGAAUACAAGUUCAUGGAAGUUGGAUAAGGAAAUUCGGACGUCGUUAAUGAAGUUGAUUGGCCAUCGAAAAGAGAAUCAUAAUAACGGAAAGACCAACGAACCGGCCAUGGAUUUAUUGGGGCUUAUGAUCGAUGCGAGCACAGAGAAAAUGACCAAAAAGAAAUCUGAAUUCCUCUCAUAUCAGCCGUCGAUCACUAUCAAAGACAUUGUCGAAGAGUGCAAGACUUUCUUCUUCGCCGGGAAGCACUCUACGUCGAAUCUGCUCACGUGGACAGUAGUGCUGUUGGCCAUGCACCCAGAGUGGCAAGAGAUGGCACGUGAGGAGGUCUUGGAGGUGUGUGGGUCACGUGAUAUCCCUGCCGGAGACAAGAUUGCUAAGCUGAAGAAGCUAGCCAUGAUUGUCAACGAAUCACUGCGACUGUACCCGCCCGUAGUUGCGACGAUUAGGCGGGCCAAAGCCGACGUGGAGCUCGGGGACUACAAGAUCCCAUGUGGCACCGAGCUCCUAAUACCGAUCCUGGCCGUUCAUCAUGACACAGAGCUGUGGGGUCCGGAUGCGACUAAAUUCAACCCGGCCCGGUUUGCAGAAGGUGCAGCACGUGCCGCCCGGCACCCGAUGGCGUUCAUACCCUUCGGCCUUGGAGCACGCACGUGCAUCGGUCAGAACCUCGCACUGGUCCAUGCAAAGGUGGCAAUUGCCAUUUUGUUGCAACGGUUCUCGUUCCGUCUGUCCCCGAGCUACCAACACGCACCGACGGUCCUGAUGCUUCUCUACCCACAGUACGGUGCUCCCAUAAUCUUCCAACGCUUGUCGGGCCCACUUACACCUUCUUGAGAUCGACGGCUUAUAUGACCUAACUUCAGCCAUGAGAAGCAUCUGUUCCAGAACCUUAACCAGUGAGGUAGCACAUUGCUUGGGCACACCGUGUUGUAGAGGUUUUCAUUUCAUUUGCUAAAUGACCAAACUAGCCCUGCAUCAUAUUGCCACCAUCGGCAGCAUCCAAUCGGACCGUUAACCUUUAGCUACCCAAAAUGACCAAACUACCCCUAACAGGUUGUUUUCAUGCAUGGAUGUCUUCCUACAUUAGCUUUAAAAAAUCAUGCACCGCUCCCUCUUUCCUUUUAUGUAAUGUAUACGUUACCCAACUUGUAUCAGAUAUUCAGAUUGCGUGACACGUCAAUGAAAUGCGUUUGUGGACCCCACUAUAAAUGUGCAUUGGAACUGUUAA